GUUCCUCUCACUCUGUGCCACACUGCCUGAUGGAGUCUGUGGGAGAACUGUGCAGUCCCACUGGGGCCAGCUCCAACAAACUGAGCUUGCCGGGAUCCUGCCCCUGGGAUGAGGACGAGGAGUCACUGGAUCUGGAAGGAAUCAAGCCCAAAUCUUCACCCAUACCAAGACGACGGAGUUCAGCGUCCUCCGAUGACUCCUUGCUUCCCCCUUCUAGCAGCAGAAGAGUGUCCUUUGCUGAUGCCUUCGGUCUGAGUCUCGUCUCAGUGAAACAGUUUGAUACUUGGGGAGUAACUGACCCAUCAGGCUCUCUGGAGAGUGACUUAAAUGAAGAUAAGGAGUAUUACAUGGUUCCUCUCUUCACUCUUCCACAGACCGCUGAGGAGUUUGCCUUGCAGGUUCACAAGCAGAAGAUAGAACUAGAGAGUUUGGAGUUGCUUUCUGGGACCACAACUCUAAGAGGAAUCAUUCGCGUACUGAAUAUUUGUUUUGAUAAGAUGGUCUAUGUACGUACCUCUUUAGAUUCAUGGAAAAGUCAUUUUGAUCUGUUGGCAGAGUACGUACCUGGGUCAAACAAUGGUGGGGCAGACUGUUUCUCCUUCAAACUCACACUAGUACCCCCAUUUGGAGAAGAGGGCACUAGGGUCGACUUCUGUUUGCGAUAUGAAACAUCUUUAGGCACUUUUUGGGCAAAUAACAAUGAAAAUAACUACUCUCUGUUUUGUUGUGAAAAAUUAAAGGAGAAAUCCCAAAAUGAAAGUGAAAACAGAAGAAAAAGCUGUCUGAAAACAACCAGCCCAGAUGUCGCUGCUUUGACUGUUGCAGCAACAAAUAAUGAAGAAUUUCCUGUUAUAAAUCUAAAUUCUGGAUCUCUAAAUGAAAACUCUAAGAAACUUGAAAAGGAAAGCAAGGAAUUAGUGGAGGAAAUAAGCAGAAACCGCAGCCGAAGAAGCAGAAGAAAGGCUGCACGAUUAGCAAAGGUUAAGGAGCACUUUGCUAAGAGGGAAGAAGAAAAUAAACAAGGGACCAAGACCAAAGAGAGUGAAGUUACGGCAGAGACCAGCAUGCAGGAACAUGCAUCAUUGCUGGAAAAGACACCAUGCAGUCCCCUAUCACAACAUACUGCUCGACCACCAACAUGUAACCAAAUAUCACCCUCACCAGCUAAAUCCCUGAAAUCUGGAGAUUUAGAUUUUCAGUCUAGUGGAGAUUCCAUUGACAUCUUAAGCCAAGCUUUAACACAAGACGAAGAAGACAACAUAAUCCACUCCAAGACUAAUUUAUCCACAGAAAACACAAAUUUAUCCCUGGAAGACUCCAUUUGUGAUGAAUCAAUUACAUGCUCAGCUUCUGAGGUCCUGGAAGGCAUCCAACAUACCGAGUGCAUUACUGACCAAACAGUUUCAAUCAAUCAGGCUGUUCCUGUAAGCCAAAAUCCCGACUUGUCUAUUUGCAAAUAUGUUGAAAAAGCAUGGAAGGACUUUGAGAAGGAUGCUAAGCAAAGAAUUAAAAGUUUUGCACUAAGCUCUAAGAUGCACGAGGGCACGAAUAUUAGCGAUGGCAAGCCAAAAGAGAAUGUGAGUUUAAAAACUAAUUCAGAGCCUCAGCUGUGCUCCCAUGGCUUCACAUUUGGGACCAUUGUAGCCCCACUUUAUCAUCAGGUUUUUAAAAACAUGGAAACAGAGAGACAAGACUUCUUUCCAAAACCAUUGGAUAGGUCAUUUAGGGAACUGGAGGAUGAGAGUCAAAGAGCGGUCAAAGCCCAUGAGACCCCAGACAUUUGGCCAGAGUCUUGCAUAUCUACAAAACAGACAGUACAUGAUAUUAGUGUUGGCAUCUGCAAUGAAUCAGCAGAACAGAACCCACAACAUACAGUAAACCCAACCAAAACUCUUUCUGAGCCAAAUCAGUGUAAACAUGUUGAGAAGGCAGAAGCUUCUUACAAUCAAAACUAUUAUACCGGUGGUAUCCGAGAGUACCCAAGAGACAUCAAAUUUACUGAAACAAACCUUCCAAAAGUUACAUCCAGGCAGCCAGAUCCUCCACUUGGAGAAGUUUCAACAGUGUGCACACAAGUUUUCACUGAAUGCUCGUUCCAGGAUGAUUCUUGCCAAAGUCUAUGUUUAUUUCCCUUACAAGGACCAGAACUUUUAGCCACUACAAAUGAAACAAUAGAGUCAGGUAUUGACAGCCUACCUGAACAGAUCCAUCCUUCAUCACCCAUAGAGGUUUUCAAAACUUCAUGUUUGGAUAAUCAGAGGUCCUUUAUAAAAACUGAAAAGUCACAAAACCAGGAAGACCCUACAAAUAUCUACACCAAAGAGGAAAAUAUAUCAGUGCAAACAGAAUAUUCAAUCAGCACCUCUUGCAUUCUUGCCCAAUCUCCAGAUGACCCCACAAGGAUCAGCUUGGGUUCCUCUCAUGAUAAAUUAGAGUCUGACUGCUGUGAGAUGAGAUCGAGCAUUGAAAAACUUUCUCAUUUAGCAAUAGCAACAACUAUGCCAAUAGAACCAUAUACAGAAUUGGAGAACACACAGAUAAAUAUGAGCAAUACUUUGGAGAGCUGCCAAAUGAAUGAAAAGAAGGAACAAAUGCUCAUGGGUUUUUCUACACAGACUUCAGAGAUGGAGAGCUCCAGUAUUAUUAAUUUUGAUGGAGAAUGUAACACAUCAGUGAUUAAAGAGAUAGAAGAAAUUCACAAAAGCCUGGAAGAGCAAGAAAAGGGAAAUGAAAAUCAAAUUAAGCAGAUGGAGAAGCAGAAACAAGACAAAGAGGAGAAAGAACAAGAACCAGAAGAACAAGAAGGUGCAGAAGGAAAACAUGAAGUUAAAGGAGGAAUAAAUGGCAUUGAAGAUGAGUUGAAAUACAUAGACGAUGAAGAGGACCUGGAUGCAAUGGAAACUGAGAGAGAAAAGAAACAACAAGAAGAUGCACAUGAUCUGCUUUCUCAAGAUGCAGAGGAGCAGAAGCAGAUCAUUAGUACCGACACUGUUAAAUCAUUACCACAACAUCAUAUUGACUUAAAUGAAAUAGAAAGUCUAGGUGAGUACUCAGAAAAAGAGGACAUGCACAUCAACCAUGGAUUAGAGAUCUGUGAGGAAACUGCUACAUCUUGGCAAGAAUCAUCUCAAAAGACUGAUAUUGAACUCAGUGGAAGUAUGCAAGCUAUGGAGAAUGAUUGGAACCUCAUUGACUUUAUUGAUAAAGAAGAGAAUGUGUGCUGUGAAAGUGUGAAAAGUGAAUGGGAAACUACUGAUGAUGUAAACAGUAUGCUGGAAAACAUGGAAUGCCUGGCAAAAGACUCAGUGAACAGAGAUCUUGAAAACGUUGAAGACAAUACCUCAACAGAAUCGCAGAUAGAUGAUGAGAUGGAGCUGUACCUGAACAGUCUGAGGAAUUCACAACAGUCAGUAUUCAGAGAAGGCACAAUGAGUGGAAGCUACGGCAAAAGACCCUCCUUGAGCAGAGGAAGGCCAUUAGCUAUGCCUUCAAUCUCUGAGUCUAUGGACGAGGACCAGCCGAGUAGUUCCCUAGAGGAUUUAACAAAUAUUGAGUACAACAUGAAGCUGGAGAGAGCUACACUGCCCCUAGUUGAUGGGAAUGAACGUGUCAUUGGACGUAAUGUCUUGUGGUGGAAAGAGUUUCUGUCCUAUGACAAUAUGUCAAGGAUGACUAGAUACACAUUUUUGUUGAUAGUGUUUUUGGUCAUAGCAUAUUAUUAUGACUUCAUUGCAUGCUUUGCCCUAUAUAUUCUUACAGUGUAUUGGCUGUUUUAUCAAGCGGAGGAAGUGCCACUGAAAAGCUCUCAGAAAGGUGAAAGAGGACUGCAGUAAAUAUGAUUUACUCGUCAACAUUUGUUGGAGAACUUAGAAAUGUGAAUCUAAAUGUUUUGUACACAUACAAUUGUUGUACAACAUUGGAUUAUGUGGGGCUAUUUAUCUCACAAAAUUUCAUAAUGGCAAAGACAUGUUUAUAAGAAGACUUUUACAUUAAUUUGCCAUUACAUAAGUCAAUAGGUAUAUUGCCUUGCUCUACAGACAACAUAAAGUUUGCAUACAAUAUCAAAAUGCUCUUUACAAAGAGCUGAAUAUAUAGCAAGAGAUUAUAUGGGGUCUACAGUAUAUAUGUAGAAAUUUUUGGGUUCUGUGUUAAUGGUGCCUGGUACAGUGAUGAUACACUGGGUGAGUAAAAAGUUUGACAGAUUAUAGAGGAUAAGUCUUUAAAAAAGGAGUAUAGCGCGAUUUAAUUGACAUACUUUUAUGCAUAGCUUUAAUUUCAUGCGAAGUACCUGAUUGGAUUAUGGUUUAUAUACAAUGCAUAUACAAAAUACAUAACCUGUUAACUAUAACUAUAACCUCUUUUUUUUUAAUAAUCAUGUUGAUUUUUAUGUCUAAUAUAUCUUGGCAAUAAGAUGAAUGUUCAUGUAACAUCUGAAGUGAUGAAAAAAAAAUGAAAUGCAUUUUUCUGUUGCAAUUAUUUAACAAACGUUUUUCCAUACAUGGUCGUUCAAGUUUAUUAGAGUUAAUUUUUUUUCUUUACAUAUCAUCUAGUCUGUUUACAGUAAAACAGUUUGAGACAUCAAGGAUCAAUAUCCUCCUUUGUUUCAAUAUACCAAACAUUAUGUUCUUAACAUCUCCAAACUCACCAGCUUUUGUUAAUAAGGACAGAUGUGUCAGAAGUGUCAUAUGACACAGUCUAAACACAAUGUAUAAGCCGUGUAAAAUAAAUCAUAACUUCCAUCGUUGUACUCUCAAAAUAGAUAAGAUUUGUGGAUUUUUUUUUUUUUUGUGGUGUCUGUAAAUUUGCUUGUCCAAUCAACAGAGUAUUUUAUUGUAAUUCAAUAUUGUGCAGCUGUUAUUAUUUCAAGUUGUCUUUAUCUUGUCCAUUUAUUGUUA